GAACGCUGGACUUCUGGACUUUGGGCCGGGCAGAUCCUUCUGAGUCCCUGGCUGCUUGAACUGAGUUUCUUCCGGGCUCCUGCCUGAACGCCACAACCAAGGGCUCUAUACAGCCCAGGCAAGGUCCCCUGACCAGGAUGUCAGGCCUGGUGUUGGGACAGCGGGAUGAGCCUGCAGGGCACCGGCUCAGCCAAGAGGAGAUCCUGGGGAGCACCCGUCUGGUGAGCCAGGGGCUAGAAGCUCUCCACAGUGAACACCAGGCUGUGCUGCAAAGCCUGUCCCAGACCAUCGAGUGUCUGCAGCAGGGUGGCCAUGAAGAAGGCCUGGUUCAUGAGAAGGCCCGGCAGCUGCGCCGUUCCAUGGAAAACAUAGAGCUGGGGCUGAGUGAGGCCCAGGUGAUGCUGGCUUUGGCAAACCACCUGAGCACGGUGGAGUCGGAGAAACAGAAGCUGCGGGCACAGGUCCGGCGGCUCUGCCAGGAGAACCAGUGGCUCCGGGACGAGCUGGCCGGCACCCAGCAGCGGCUCCAGCGCAGCGAACAGGCCGUGGCUCAGCUGGAGGAGGAGAAGAAGCACCUGGAGUUCCUGGGGCAGCUGCGGCAGUACGACGAGGACGGGCACGCAGCGGAGGAGAAGGAAGGUGAUGCCUCCAAGGAUUCCCUGGAUGACCUCUUCCCCAACGAGGAGGAAGAGGACCCCAGCAAUGGCUUGUCCCGUGGCCAGGGCGCCCAGCACAGCGGCUAUGAGAUCCCAGCGAGGUUGCGCACACUGCACAAUCUGGUGAUCCAGUACGCAGCCCAGGGUCGCUAUGAGGUGGCCGUGCCGCUCUGCAAGCAGGCGCUGGAGGACCUGGAGCGCACAUCCGGCCGCGGCCACCCCGACGUGGCCACCAUGCUCAACAUCCUGGCUCUGGUGUAUCGGGACCAGAAUAAGUACAAGGAAGCUGCGCUCCUGCUCAAUGAUGCCCUCAGCAUCCGGGAGAGCACCCUGGGCCGGGACCACCCCGCUGUGGCGGCCACACUCAACAACCUGGCUGUGCUCUAUGGGAAGAGGGGCAAAUACAAGGAGGCGGAGCCGCUGUGCCAGCGGGCACUGGAGAUUCGAGAAAAGGUCCUGGGUACCAACCACCCAGAUGUGGCAAAGCAGCUAAACAACCUGGCCCUGUUGUGCCAAAACCAGGGCAAGUAUGAGGCUGUGGAACGCUAUUACCGGCGGGCACUGGCCAUCUAUGAGGGGCAGCUGGGGCCAGACAACCCUAACGUGGCCCGGACCAAGAACAACCUGGCUUCCUGUUACCUGAAACAAGGCAAGUAUGCUGAAGCUGAGACUCUCUACAAGGAGAUCCUGACGCGUGCCCACGUGCAGGAGUUUGGCUCUGUGGAUGAUGAUCACAAGCCCAUCUGGAUGCAUGCAGAGGAGCGGGAGGAAAUGAGCAAAAGCCGGCACCGAGAGGGCAGCACACCCUAUGCUGAGUAUGGAGGCUGGUACAAGGCCUGCAAAGUGAGCAGCCCCACAGUGAACACGACCUUGAGAAACCUCGGAGCUCUGUACAGGCGCCAGGGAAAGCUGGAGGCAGCUGAGACCCUGGAGGAAUGUGCCCUGCGCUCCCGGAAACAGGGCACUGACCCAAUCAGCCAGACCAAGGUGGCCGAGCUGCUUGGGGAGGGUGAUAGUGGAAGGACCUCCCAGGAGGGCCUGGCGGGCAGCGUGAAAUUCGAGGGAGGUGAAGAUGCCUCGGUGGCGGUGGAGUGGUCAGGGGAUGGCAGUGGGGCGCUGCAGAGGAGCGGCUCUCUGGGCAAGAUCCGAGAUGUGCUUCGUAGAAGCAGCGAACUCCUGGUGAGGAAGCUCCAGGGGUCCGAGCCCCGGCCUUCCAGCAGCAACAUGAAACGGGCAGCCUCCUUGAACUAUCUGAACCAACCCAGUGCAGCGCCCCUCCAGGUCUCCCGGGGCCUCAGUGCCAGCAGUAUGGACCUCUCUUCAAGCAGCUGACAUUCAACUCAUGCCCCACAUCUGCUGGGUCCCCCCACAGCCCUCACAGCAUUCCCUGUUGCUCCUGGCUCUUCCAGCCCCAAGGUGGGACAGUGAAGGGGGAGCAGUUAACCAGAAGAUUGCUGCUGCCCUUAGGGUCUCAGCCCCCUCCUCAGGAAUCCCCUUCAGGAAGGACCCUCAGGACAUCCUCCCCCCACCCUGUGGUCCUCUAGAGUAGCUAGCUCUACUACUGGGGCCCCCAAAGUGGGUAAGAAGCGGGUACGCACCUCAGAGAUGCAGCCUCCUGCUGGCUUUUCUGUCAGAGGGCUUGGGGCUGGCCAGCCCACCUGCCUUGCCCUGGCCUCUCUCGUUCCCUCUGCUGCCUCACUUCAGGUCCGUGUAUUUCACUUUUCUUAAAUAAAGGAAUCAGGUAA